AUGGGUAUAAAUACACCUACCCCCAGUCCAGCGACCUAUAGCAACGACUACUUCUACGGAGAAGGCUAUCUCAACUUGGGUCAACAUAGCUACUACAACGGUCAGACUGUACCAACUAUGCCCGCAACGUUCGCACCUCAACUACAAAACAACGUUACUCAGCGAAACUUCAUCGCAGCACCACCUCCUGAUCAAGGCUUAACAGCCCCUGCACUUGACCCUCACCCGUCCGACAUAGUCAAUUCCCUCAGUCAAGCAAUGAAUCAAACGCCGCCGCAGGACUGGCACUGUCCCAAAGAUGAUGCGACGCUUCCAGCAACAGACGAGGACCGUGAGCGGUGGGUUCAAAUGCUUCUCAACGCCAUGAACAAUCUCGAUGGUAUCGAAGGUAACCAAGGCCGAAAGAACCAAAACUCGUUGCAGAAGCGUUGGCGUGGGCCUCUAACAGGGCCUGAUUACUACCUGCCUGUAGACAAGUUGAUCCUCUGUUGGACAAUCGAAGAUCUGGCAGAGCGUUUGCACCGCUUAGGACCUUCCGUAUUCCAUUCGUUCGACGCCAAUUUCUGGCACCAGGCUGCAAAAACACGUAACUGGACUUUUGAGGAUCGUAUGACGUGGAUCAUAGAAUUGCUUAGGGUGUCGAAGACCAGAUGCGAUAGCUUGUUGGGUGGUAGCGGUUUGCAGGGUAUUGUCGCCAACCCAGCUGAGAAACUUGAUGCUACCAGAGCACAGGCAAAACAGAACGAGAAGCGUGGUGAGACUCUGAAACUUGGCCGCGCGAUCAAGAAGCAGAAGACUGAUCGAGUAACUUAG